CCUGGUUAAGCGCGUGUACAUCGAUUGAAAGCUAUCCACGUCAUCAUUCUCCUUUCCUUCAAUGCUAUCCUAUGGGACGCUACGAGCGUGCAUCAGGGUCGAUGGACAAGCUUUGGAGAGCUAUGGAAUUGAGACGUUUCCAGAAGAAAAUAAGGUGACCUGUUGGAUUGCUUCGGAAGCAGGAAAGGUUUCAAUGAGCCACCCACGUAUCAGAGAUGUACGGCAGAAUUCAAAUACGUCAACACAUCAAUGAAUUCCAUCCGUCCGCUUACCUUCUCGAGGCUUCAGCUGACGGAUGAAGAUCAACACCUGAAUUCUGCACACGCAGAUCUCGGAGAAAUUUCCUUGGCCAUCUGGCCUGUGAGUGUGAUUGGCAUGGGCCACCGAAAAAAUACAAUCUCUGCUAAGGGAACGAUAGUUCACGAGCGCUCAAAGAAGGCAUCAAGUCACUGUGUGGGGUUUGGAGAGGAGAUCCGUGUGCCACCGCAACAGGUAAUUAACGUGGCGCGCGUUGGAAUAACCCCCACGGCUACAUUUGUUUUCAGGUACAGACCAUUUGAUCGACUCGUGGCAGAUGGUAUUGCCCCGCCACCUAUGCAACCUUCAUGGGGAACCAAGCGUGAAGCUCCUGUAGACGUACCAGAAUCUGAAGAUUACAACGAUGGGACAGGCUCAGAUAUAGAUGAUGAAGCCUUGCGUGAGCUUAAUGCGCUGAAAGCACAAGUGAAAAGGCUCGAGGAAAGAAUAACCACUACCCGCAGUGCCAAGAGGGUAAAGUUGGAGUCCAGUGACAGCAUGCGGAGUCAGUGAGACGUUGAGAGGUAUCACUACCUUAUAGCGCACAUAACGUAAUUCCGACCCACGUCUUUCUUUUGAACUCUCACUCUGUCACAUUCACAUGCAUGAGAAAACGCGCAUCGAGGUUUGACUGUUUUCCGCUCCAAUAAUGUCCCCGUCCCGCACACCGUAACGAAGGAAAUGCUUUAGAGCAUUCAACAGCAUUGCAUCUUCGCCUAUUCCCGUAUCCAUCUACCAUUAAUUGACGUCAAAUCUGCAUCGGCGUUGACCAUCCCCUCGUCAUGCUCCAAUUAUAUUUCAAUCUUGUACAAUCGGCCGUGGUU